AUGAAUAUAUCGCAUAGGAAGAGAAAGGUUUCUGGAGGAUCUACGUUACAAGCUGAUCCAGCCUCUAAGAAGAGAGUUGAAAGGCUUUUCCAUAAAAGGUUCUCCUAUUCACCAAAUCCAAACCAAAGGAGGUAUAAGACACCAUCUCUAAGCAUUCGUGAAUGUGAAGCAUGGCAUAUAAAAGAAACCCAGCAGAUGAAAUUGGCCUUGAAUGCUGUGAAGGACAAACUAAGUGAUAAGGACAUAUCCCAAUGGCAUCAACAUACUGGGCAAAUGAAUUUAGCUGGAACAGUAAUAUCUGAAAUAAGAGAAAGUUGCAAGCCAGAACUAUGUACACAAGCUUGGUGCAAAUUUUAUGAAAUUGUGUCAACUUUUCAGCUUACUGAUUUUGACAAUCCAGAAUUCAAUUCAGUACAUCUCUGUGAGGCCCCAGGUGCAUUUAUCACGAGUCUGAACCAUUACUUAAUAUCUCAAGAUUACAAUGGCACAUGGACCUGGUUUGGUAACACAUUAAAUCCUUACUAUGAGGGUAACAAUGUGAGCCAGAUGAUCGCAGAUGACCGCUUCAUCUUACAUACUUUGCCUUACUGGGACUUUGGAGUGGACAACACAGGCAAUCUCAUGGACUGGGACAAUAUCCAGCAACUGAUGGCUACCUGUCGUGAGAUAGGUCCUAUCCACCUGGUGACAUGUGAUGGCAGUAUUGACUGUCAGGACACACCAGGUGACCAGGAAACGGUGGUAUCCCGCCUUCACUGCUGUGAGGCACUAGCAGCACUGUCCAUCCUCUCACAUAAGGGUUCUCUUGUCUUAAAAAAGUUCACAAUGUUUGAAUGUGAAACAAUCUGCCUUAUGUAUCUCCUCAACUGUGUAUUCGAUCAGGUAGAAGUUUUCAAACCGGCUACCAGUAAAAGUGGAAAUUCUGAAGUGUAUGUGAUCUGUACAGGUUUCCAUGGAUGCAGUGCUAUAGCAGGACUCAAUGAUUAUGUCAAAGACUAUUUCCAAAACCAUGAUGGGACUGUUCAGAUGUUGUUCAAUCGAGACGUCAUUCCUGAGGCGUUUAUAUCUGAACAUGUGGCAUGUUGUGAAAUGUUUACAUCACUACAAAGGGAGACAAUCAACAACAAUUUGGAUCACUAUCCAACAGUAUCAGAUCAGUAUGUUCUGUGGUUAGAGACAAUGAGGGAUUACUGUGCUGAGGUGUAUGUAACCAAGUUUGAUUUGAAACCAAUAGCAGUUAACUGUAGAAUUGGUCACAGGAAGAAGAGAAUGAACUACAUUGCUCAGAGCUUUAAAAAGGACGAAACACCUUUUGACCAGAAGCGACAUUCAGGUACUUUCAUAGAGAGACAUAAAUCAAAUGCAUUACCAUGGCAACAAAGAGUUCAUCAGUUGGACAGAUACGCUAUGAAGUCCCCAAAGAUCAUUUGGUGUCAGUUUGAGUCCUACCUUGAGGAAAUGGAUGGUGGAAAUUGUUUAUGUGGCAAGCCUGUAGCCCAUCUCAUCAACUCCCGCUUCUGUUGUGGCAAACUCGUACAACAAAUGCAGGAACUCAUGCAAAAUGCAAAGGACCACAGAACCAGCUCUCCCACUCUACCACUGUCCACUAUCACUCAUGUCCUGGAUGGCCUCACUCAUGCAUGUGACGAAGGUAGCAUUGGCGAGAGUUCAGAUGUCACAAAAGAGAGACUGCCCUACACUGUUGUCCUGUUAUCAGAUAACUUCCAGCCAUCACACACUGAUACAUUGACAGAUCCUCGCAUUUCAAAGGUGAUGCACAUGUCAGCAGCAUCAAUCAAAUCUCCUGAUGUCGAAGGCAAUAUUGUUUUCUACGUGGAUGUUACGACAGACAGCUACUGUGGGGAAAUGGAGAUUCUGUUCCAGAACGCCCUGUUGUCAUGGACACAGAUAGUACUGAAGAAACUGAGGAUGACUGACUCACUGAUAAUACGAAUGUCCAGUUGUUUGACUCGGUUUUCUGCUGGUAUCAUUUACAUGAUAGGUCACUGUUUCAGUAGGAUUGGUUUCCUCCAAGACACUGAUGGAACCAGACUUCAUAAUCUUCUGGUUUGUGAAGAAUACACAGGAAGUCCAGUCUUGGUCCUUCAGCAGCUUGAAUUGGUUGAGAAAAAGAUACAGGACCUUGGCAAAGAAAACAUUCCCCAUAAUUAUACAUUUGACUCUGAGCAUGAACUGAAUGUACAGAGUGAGAUGGACACAUUCCAUUCAGCUAGUCACAAUGCAGGACAGAAAAUCAGUUCAAACCCAGAGAAGACCCUUUUGGAAACUGUACCUUUGACAGUGUUACUUAAUGAUGCCAUGUUUGUGGCCUCACUAUGCCACAUUAAUGCAACACUGUUGAGGACAUUUGUUAGAACUGUAGGCGACUUGGAGAGAGAAUGUUAUCCUAAGGAAUCUCAGCUUGACAGCCUUAAAUGAUAGACAAGUUACAGAUACCUAUGGUGUGAAGAUGGGAGGCUAAUGGUUGGACUGUGAUUUUGAAACAGAAAGGUUAUCAAGAAGCUAGAAUACUGGGAUGAGUAGGGUACAUACUUCAACAACUGAUUGACCUCAAGGAGACUGGUAUAGACAUGAACAGUGAUUAAUCAGUAGGGUACAUACUUCGACAACAGAUUGACCUCAAUGAGGCUGGUAUAGACAAUGGACAUGAACAGUGAUUGAUAUGUAGGGCACUGACUUCAACAACAGAUUGACCUCAAGGAGACUGGUAUAGACAAUGGACAUGAACAGUGAUUGAUAUGUAGGGCACUGACUUCAACAACGGAUUGACCUCAAGGAGACUGGUAUAGACAAUGGACAUGAACAGUGAUUGAUAUGUAGGGCACUGACUUCAACAACGGAUUGACCUCAAGGAGACUGGUAUAGACAAUGGAUAUGAACAGUGAUUGAUAUGAAGGGCACUGACUUCAACAACAGAUUGACCUCAGUGAGACUGGUAUAGACAAUGGACAUGGACAGUGAUUGAUAUGUAGGGUACUGACUUCAACAACAGAUUGACCUCAAUGAGACUGGUAUAGACAAUGGACAUGAACAGUGAUUGAUAUGUAGGGUACUGACUUCAACAGAUUGAACUCUAAAAGGCUGUUGUAGACUCUGGAAAUUGACAGUGAUUGGUCAGUAAGGCACUUUCUUCAACAGAUAAAAGUCAAUGAGAAUAUUGUAGACACUUGACAUGGAUAGUGAUGGGUAACUAGGGUCAUGUGUUUAUCAGAUUGACCUCUAGGAGACUGGUAAAGACACUGGACAUGGAUAGUGACAGAUCAGUACAGUACUGACUUGAAUUGAUUGACCUCUUUGGCAUUGAUGUGAUGAGAUAACAUCUUCAUCAACAUCUGUGAGAUUGGUGUGGACAUAAAUAGGCUUAUGAGAUUUUUGUGGAAAUGAUUGACCUCUAGCAGGUCAGUGUAUGUAGCAGAUGACUUUGGUAGAUAGAUAUUUUUUAUUACAAGAUUGUUGUAUGGAGGAAAGACCAAUAAAAAGUUUUUAAAAAAGGAGGAACCAGUGGUGACCUGGCUGUGGAUAUGUGAGUAACCAAUUUCAGGGAGAGGAAAGAUUGAUGGGACACUGCUAUGGAGAGGUCAGACUUGUUGACACUGCUAUGGAGAGGUCAGACUUGUUGACACUGCUAUGGAGAGGUCAGACAUGUUGACACUGCUAUAGAGAGGACAGACUUGUUGACACUGCUAUGGAGAGGUCAGACGCGAAGGGCACUACUAUGGAGAGGUAAGACAUCUUGACAUUGCUAAGGAGAGGUCAGACGCGUAGGGCACUACUAUGGAGAAGUAAGACUUGUUGACACUGCUAUGGAGAGGUCAGACUUGUUGACACUGCUACGGUGAGGACAGACUUGUUGACACUGCUAUGGAGAGGACAGACUUGAAGGGCACUGCUAUGGAGAGGUCAGAUGCAUAGGGCACUACUAUGGAGAGGUAAGACAUCUUGACAUUACUAGGGAGAGGUCAGACGCGUAGGGCACUACUAUGGAGAGGUAAGACAUCUUGACAUUGCUAAGGAGAGGUCAGACUCGUAGGGCACUACUGUGGAGAGGUAAGACAUUUUGACAUUGCUAAGGUAAGACAUCUUGACAUUGCUAAGGAGAGGUCAGACGCGUAGGGCACUACUAUGGAGUGGUAAGACAUCUUGUCAUUACUAAGGAGAGGUCAGAUGCGUAGGGCACUACUAUGGAGAGGUAAGACAUCUUGUCAUUACUAAGGAGAGGUCAGAUGCGUAGGGCACUACUGUGGAGAGGUAAGACAUUUUGACAUUGCUAAGGUAAGACAUCUUGACAUUGCUAAGGAGAGGUCAGACGCGUAGGGCACUACUAUGGAGUGGUAAGACAUCUUGUCAUUACUAAGGAGAGGUCAGAUGCGUAGGGCACUACUAUGGAGAGGUAAGACAUCUUGUCAUUACUAAGGAGAGGUCAGAUGCGUAGGGCACUACUGUGGAGAGGUAAGACAUUUUGACAUUGCUAAGGUAAGACAUCUUGACAUUGCUAAGGAGAGGUCAGACGCGUAGGGCACUACUAUGGAGUGGUAAGACAUCUUGUCAUUACUAAGGAGAGGUCAGAUGCGUAGGGCACUACUAUGGAGAGGUAAGACAUCUUGACAUUGUUAAUGAGAGGUCAGACUCGUAGGGCACUGCUAUGAAUGGGACAGUAAAGGAAGAUACUACUUUCAAAAGGUCAGACUUGUAGGACACUGCUAUAGAGAGGUCAGACUUGUAGGACACUGCUAUAGAGAGGUCAGACUUGUUGACACUGCUAUAGAAAGGUCAAACUUGUUGACACUGCUAUAGAGAGGUCAGACUUGUUGACACUGCUAUAGAGAGGUCAGACUUGUUGACACUGCUAUAGAGAGGUCAGACUUGUUGCACUGCUAUAGAGAGGUCAAACUUAUUGACACUGCUAUAGAGAGGUCAAACUUGUUGACACUGCUAUAGAGAGGUCAGACUUGUAGGACACUGCUAAGGAGAGGCCAGACAAGCAGGGUGUCCAUGGAUGAGGAGAUUUACUAUUGAAAUACGAACUGCUAAUGGUAGAAAUGAAGUUUUUUUUCAAAUUUGUAGUGUCGAAGGAUCAUAGAAAGAUAAAGGACCUUCACCUAUUUUGGAUUGAAGAAAUAACUUCCUACUAACUGCAGAGAUUGUGUGAUAAAUUUUUAUAUAAAUAUAUAGAAAGGAAUUGCCUAUCAGCAUCCAGUGUUGGAGUUUUGUGUAUACCAUGAAAUAAAUACCUUCUUGUAUCAAUGAUCAAUAAAUGAAUUAUGUA